AUGAAACUACGAGUGAAACCUCGGUCCAACGGGUCUUUUCCUUCCGACAGCCGGACGGGCAGCGAAGCCAAGGGCGAAGCGGAGGAGCCGACGGCUGCUCGCUCAUCCUCACCCGGCCCCGCCCGGGCCGUGACGAGGUCCGCGGUGUGCUGCCUCUCCACGAAAGCUGGCUCCAGGUCUGUCCUCGCCGCCCUGGCGUCGGCAGCAAAGCGCGUCAACGGGAGGUACGAGAGGUUUUUGGAAAGGACGUUCCCCCGUUUCUAUGUGCUGUACGUGACUUUCACGAAAGGAAUGCAAGCUCUCUUCCUGGAAGUUAAAGAAAUAAGAAAAAUCAAAUCUAAAAUGUCCCAUCAGAGACUGAGCGUUCAGCAGCUUCCGUACCGGGAGAUGGAGAGGCUGCGGCAGUUUCGCAGGGACGUGCUCAAGGCCAUUCCCAUCGGAGUCAUCGCCAUCCCGCCCUUCGCCAACUUCUUGGUCAUCGUCCUGAUGUAUUUCUUCCCCCGCCAGCUCCUCAUCCGCUACUUCUGGACCCCCAAGCAGCAGGUUGAGUUCCUGGAUGCCUACGACGCCAUCCGGAGAGACUCGUACCUGGAUGUGGUGGAGAGUUUAACCCUGGCAGCGCGUUCCCUGCCCGAGCUGCAGCUCCAGCAGCGCCUGCGGGAGCUCUGCGCCGAGGUGCAGCGAGGCUCCCAGCCAUGCGUGGCAGAACUCUACGCUGUGAGAAGUUUGUUUUCGGGCUCUCCGCUGGGUCUGAACAAGCUCCAGGUGUCUCACGUGGUGAGUGCAGCUUUUCUCCUGCCCACAGAGCACUGA